AUGGGUGCUCAAAAAGUUGCAAGAAUCGUUUCCGAGGAUGUCAUUGUGCAAAGAGUCAAUGCAGAAGCAGGCAGUGUCCCUGCUUUGCUGCUGGGCGAGAAUGCGAUCCAGAUGUUUGCAGAAAUUGCUGGUUGUGGAGAUGGCUCUCUUGGGGAAGCACCAAGACGCGGAGAAGGCCAAUGCGGAAACAUGAGACUUCUCCUGAGGCAACAACAGAGGAUCCUCUUGGGCAAGUCUGAUAUUGCUGGAUGGGGUGCUUUUCUAAAGAACUCGGUCAGCAAAAACGAGUAUCUUGGAGAAUACACUGGCGAAUUGAUCUCACACCGUGAGGCGGAUAAGCGUGGGAAAAUAUACGACCGGGCAAAUUCUUCCUUCCUCUUUGACUUGAAUGAUCAGUACGUGCUGGAUGCUCAACGUAAAGGAGACAAGCUGAAAUUUGCCAAUCACUCAGCGAAACCCAAUUGCUACGCCAAGGUGAUGUUUGUGGCAGGAGAUCACAGGGUCGGCAUUUUCGCAAACGAACGGAUAGAAGCGAGUGAGGAGCUUUUCUAUGACUACAGGUAUGGACCAGACCAAGCACCCGCUUGGGCUCGCAAACCCGAAGCCUCCAAGAAAGAUGAGUCAGCCAUUACUCAUCUUAGGAAGAAAAAAAUGGCUACGGAGGCGGCUCCGAUGGACGAGAAGGCCAAGAGAAUGAGAGAUCUACUGUCGAGCUUUUACGCUCCGGAUCCUUCCCUCUCCACGAGUGCUUCUUCGAUCAACGCCUCCUUCGACAACAUCAACAGCACUUCGUUCGAUGCUGAUCACUACAUGGAUCUCAUGAUUAAAAAGUCUAAUCUGGAGGUGCUUCUGCAAAGACAUGUUCAAAUGGCUGCCGAGAUUAAGAAUCUCGACACAGACUUGCAAAUGCUUGUCUACGAAAACUACAACAAGUUUGUCAGUGCAACAGAUACCAUCAAAAGGAUGAAGAGUAACAUUUUUGGGAUGGAAGGGAAUAUGGAUCAGCUUCUUCAGAAGAUAAUGUCAGUGCAAUCAAGGAGUGAUGGGGUCAACACUUCUCUUUUUGAAAAGAGACAACAUAUAGAGAAUCUGCACCGGACUCGUAAUCUUCUUCGUAAAGUUCAGUUCAUUUAUGAUUUACCUGCAAGACUCCAAAAAUGCAUCAAGUCAGAAGCAUAUGGCGAUGCUGUCAGGUUCUAUACUGGAGCAAUGCCAAUUCUCAAGGUAUAUGGUGAUACAUCAUUCCAAGACUGCAGACGAGCUUCCGAAGAAGCUAUAGAAAUCAUCAUAAAGAACUUGCAGACGAAGCUAUUUUCAGAUUCAGAAUCCAUACAGGCGAGAGCUGAAGCUGCAGUGCUUCUUAAGCAGUUAGAUGUCCCUGUUGAUAGCUUAAAGGCCAGGUUGUUGGAAAAGCUGGAACAAUCUCUUGAUGGUCUUCAAAUAAAGCCUGAGGAGGCAAGUAAACUUGCAGAGCACAAUGAUUCAUCUAAGGAUGAGGAAAGCAAUAACCAAGGUCCUGUUAAAAUUCAUGAGGACGCUGUACGUGGAUUUUCUGAGGCCAUGCGCGCUUACAGAGAAAUAUUCCCUGACUCAGAAGAAAGACUUUUUAAACUCGCAAGAGCCUUAACAACGAUGCACUUUGAGAACAUGGAGGUGUAUAUAAGAAAACGGGUAUCCGCAGCAGAUUUUCUUGGAAUUUUCCGAGUUAUAUGGAAAGAUGUGGUACUUAUGGACGAGGUGCUACCUGAGGCUGCACUCUCUGAUUUAUCUGCAGAGGCUGCCCAGGUCACUCUUAAGCAAUUUGUUGCGAAGACGUUCUCUCAUCUUCAACAGGAUAUAUCAGAUACUCUCUUGCAAUUAGAUAUCAACCAAAAGGAAGUAGUUGACGGGGAGAUAUUGAAUGUUGUCCUUGAAGCUAGCAGAAAGGCAGACUUCCGUCAGCUUCUUGACGAAGAUACUGGAAUGUUUGUCAAGAUGAAGAACUCGCUCAUUGGUUGGAUUCAGAAAGGAUUUCAAGACUUCUUCACGUCACUUGAAGCUCACUUUCUAGUGCUUUCAGGAAAAACUAGCUCAUCGAACGAGACUGAAGGCUUGGCGGAAGGAAAACCGAGUGAGAGAGUUCAUGCUGGACUCAUCCUUGUACUGGCGCAGCACUCUGUCUUCAUCGAACAAAAGGUCAUCCCGAGAAUCACUGAGGAAAUAGCUGCUUCCUUCUCUGGCGGAAACUCCCAAGCAUUUGAGAAUGGACCUGCUUUUAUUCCAGGAGAACUUUGCCGGGUCUUCCACGCAGCCAGCGAGAAAAUUCUCCAGCAUUACAUAGACACCAGAACACAGAAGAUAUCGAUUGUACUAAGAAAGAGGUUCAAGACACCAAACUGGGUUAAGCACAAGGAGCCACGAGAGGUUCACAUGUUUGUGGAUAUGUUUCUUCAACAGUUGGAAGAAGUUGGUAAAGAAGUGAAACAAAUUUUACCUCAAGGGACUUUCCGUAAGCACAAGAGAUCAGAUAGUAACGGAAGCAACACUACAACCUCAUCACGGAGCCAUACACUCCAUAACGAUAAGAUGGCACGGUCGAAUUCUCAGAGAGCUCGAAGCCAGCUUUUCGAGACACAUCUUGCAAAACUGUUCAAGCAAAAAGUAGAAAUAUUCACAAAGGUUGAAUUUACACAGGAAUCCGUUGUUACGACAAUAGUAAAGCUCUGUCUGAAGAGUUUGCAAGAAUAUGUUCGGCUCGAAACGUUUAACCGGAGCGGGUUCCAACAGAUUCAGCUCGACAUUCAGUUCCUAAAAGCUCCUUUGAAGGAAGCAGUCGAGGACGAAGCUGCAAUUGACUUCUUGCUCGACGAGGUGAUCGUUGCGGCUUCAGAGAGGUGUCUUGAUGUGAUACCGUUGGAGCCACCCAUCUUGGACAAACUCAUACAAGCUAAGCUCGCUAAAUCCAAGGAGCACAACAACAUCACUGUUUCCUCUUAAAAAUUAUAAUUCCAUAAAUAACUCAAAAACAAAGUGUGUGUUGUGUUUUCAUGAUUCUUUUUGCCAUAUUUUUUGCUGCUUAUUAUUAUCAUCCGUAGGGACAAUUAAAAGCAGCAAAUUGUUUGUGUAUCAAAAACUCCAGUAGUGUGUUACACUAUUAAAUUACUAAUUGUCG